AUGAACCGGACGCUCAGCAUGAGAGCAGGAGGUGGAGGCCGAUCCUACAGCGCUGCCUCGGCCAUAAUUCCCAGCAGCAACAGGGCUGGCUUUAGCUCUGUGUCUGUGGCACGAUCAGGAGGAGGAGGAGGUGGCUUUGGGAGGCUCAUUGGAGGAGGUGGUGGUGGCAGUUCUGGCGCUGGUGGAGGUUUUGGCAGCAGGAGCCUCUACAACCUUGGUGGUAGCAAGAGAAUUUCCAUCGGGGUCGGAAGCAGCUUCCGAGCUGCUUUUGGAAGUGGAGCUGCUGGUGGCUCUGGCCUGGGGGGUGGCAGCGGAGGGGGUGGCUGUGGGCUUGGCACUGGUGGAGCUGGUGGAUUUGGUAGUGGAGCUGGUGGUGGCCUUGGGCUGGGGCUUGGUGGUGGAGGUGGUGGAUUUGGCUUUGGUGGAGGUGCUGGUGGGCUUGGUUAUGGUGGUGGUCAUGGAGGUGUGGGUACAAUCCAAGAAGUGACUGUAAACCAGAGUCUACUGGCACCGCUGAACCUGGAGAUAGAUCCAAACAUCCAACAGGUUCGGAAAGAUGAGAAGGAGCAAAUCAAGACCCUCAAUAACAAAUUUGCUUCUUUCAUCGACAAGGUUCGCUUCCUGGAACAGCAGAACAAGGUGCUGGAGACCAAAUGGACCCUUCUGCAGGAGCAGGGCCAAAAAAACAAUUCCAGCAAGAGCAACCUGGACCCGCUGUUUGAAGCCUACAUCAACAACCUGCGGCGGCAGUUGGCCAACCUGCUCAAUGAGCGGGGACGCAUGGAUGGGGAGCUGAAGAACAUGCAGGACCUCGUGGAGGACUUCAAAAACAAGUAUGAAGAGGAAAUCAACCGGCGCACAGCAGCAGAGAACGAAUUUGUGGUGCUCAAGAAGGAUGUGGAUGCUGCUUACAUGAACAAGGUGGAGCUGGAGGCCAAGGUGGAUGCCCUGAGUGAUGAACUCAACUUCCUUCGAGCUCUCUAUGAGGCGGAGCUGGCCCAGCUCAGUGCCCAAGUGUCCGACACUGCUGUCAUCCUGUCCAUGGACAACAACCGGGACCUGGACCUGAGCAGCAUCAUUGCCGAAGUCAAAGCUCAGUACGAGGACAUCGCCAACCGGAGCCGCGCCGAGGCCGAGGCUUGGUACCAAACCAAGUUUGAGGAGCUGCAGGCCACAGCUGGGAAACACGGUGAUGACCUGCGCAACACCAAGGGUGAAAUCUCAGAGCUCAACCGGCUCAUCCAGAGGAUCCGCUCCGAGAUAGAGAACACAAGGAACCAGUGUGCCACCCUGCAGACAGCCAUUGGAGACUCUGAGGAGCGCGGGGAGAUGGCCCUCAAGGACGCCAAGGCAAAGAUGAUUGACCUGGAAGACGCCCUGCAGAAAGCCAAGGCUGACAUGGCCCGGCAGCUCCGGGAGUACCAGGAGCUCAUGAAUGUCAAGUUGGCCCUGGACAUUGAGAUUGCGACCUACAGGAAGCUGCUGGAGGGCGAGGAGAGCAGGCUCAGUGGGGAGGGACUGAACCCCAUCAGCUACUCAGUCAUCAGCUCCAGCUCCGGCAUUUCUGGUGGAGCUGGCUUAGGAGGAGGAUUUGGUGGACUGAGCCUGAGUGGAGGAGGUGGCGGAAGUGGUUUUGGCCUUGGAGGAGGUGGUGGAAGCAGCUUUGGUCUUGGAGGAGGUGUUGGAAAUGGUUUUGGCCUUGGAGGAGGCGGCGGGAGCAGUUUCGGUCUUGGAGCUGGCAGUGGAGGAGGAGGAGGAGGAAGCUACAGUUUUGGAAGCGGAGGAGGACUUGGACUUGGGGCUGGAGGUGGAUUUGGAGGAGGGAGUGGUCUGGGCACUGCUGGCAGCUACAGCCAUGCCGGGGGUGGCAGCAGCACCCUGAGCACCAGUGGAGGGAAUUUCAGCUCUGGAAGUGCAAAAGGCACCAACCCAGGUGUGAAAAUCGUCUCCAAAACCUCCUCCAGCAAAAAGAGCAUAAAAAGCCAAAGCCUGAAGAAUGCCACAGAGCCCGAGUAAAGCCAAGUCCAGACCCUCCUAUGGUUCCUCUGUUCCUCCUGCCCACCGUUGUCCCUCACCUCCACCCUUCCAGCUGCCCCUGCCCUGCUCCUGCUCUGUAAUUCUCACACAUUUGGAUCUCAAGUCAAGAAAAGCAGUGGAACACACAGAAACCAGAGCUCUCCAAGUCCCUGGAACGGGAGCUAAAGGAAAACACAGGCCUAAGUGAUUGUUCUGAAUGGGUAAUUGUUUUGGUUUUCCAUUUGUUUUUAAUAAGGCCAAGCAGUUUGUGAUUGUGGCCACCCACAGCCAUCAGCUAAAACACAGCAAAUGGUAGGGAAAGUUUUAGCUCAGUUCUGGCUUCUUCAUCCCAGAAGCCCAGGGGUAGGCUGGGAAUGUGUGUUUAGCUCACCCUGCUUUGCCUUCACUGCUGGAAUGAGCCCAACUCGCUCCUUCACAAGAGAAGCUCAUCUGCAUCAGAGGUCUGGGUUACUUUUCUGCUGUCUAGAAAUAGUCCUGGAGGCUACUCAAAGAUCCCAGGCAGUGGCUUGUAAUGUCCCUCUUAAAAUUUUCUUCACUCUGAGUCACUCUGGUGAGAUGGAAAAUCCCUUUUUCCUCCAUUCACAGCCAAGUUUUGAAAGAUAUGAUUAUUCCAGAUAUUGCCAAGUUUUGCUGCUGAGUCAGCUCAGGCACUUGAGCCUGACCAGGGAUUCAGAGCACUAAUGUUGGAGCAGCAACCUGAGAUCCCUCUACC